UCCCAUUCUAACAGCGCAUGCGCAGCUCGGUUAUGUGAUUAGCUGUGUCCAAUCACAGCUGAUCACUGAUGAUCAGUGUAGCCCCAGCAGUGCCAUCUAUCAGUGUCCAUCUGAACUGCCUCAGUGCUCAUCCAUGCCACCUGCCAGUGCCCAUCAGUGCCACAUCAAUGUCACAUAUCAGUGCCCAUUUGAGCUGCCUUUCAGUGUCACCCAUCAGUGCCAGUCAGUGCCACCUAUCAAUGCCAGUCAGUGCCACCUAUCAGUGCUGCCAAUCAGUGCCGCCUAUCAGUGCCAGUCAGUGCCGCCCAUCAGUGUGCAUCACUGCCACCUAUCAG